GCUGCCGUUGCUGGAUUCUCCUCACAGAUGGGGAAUCGUCGACCUGGUUAAAGUCUGUGUCAUUGAAAGUGUUACAGAUUUUCUGCUAUGUAGUCUGACGACUUUACUUGGGAUGGUUUCCCGUACUUGGAGCGGCAGAGAAGGUAAACGGGAAAAUUUUAGGUUUCCUGAGAGCGGGAGACAGACUUCCCGGCGACCACAACAGCUGGCUAACAGGCUAACAGCUGUCACCCCGGAAGGCCGCCGGGUGGCGAUUUAACUUUGUGCGUGACGCCUGGAACGAACCAUCACAACGAAGUCCCUAGCAAAUGAUAAACUGCUCUAUCUAUUAUAUCGGUAAGAAUGGAUUCCUCUCUGAGUAUAAGCAACGACAAGUGCUUGGCAACCGUAAGAGGUCAGGAGCUGAGGUCUGGUCAGAAGGAGCCAAGACUACUGUCACUAAUUGAGUGCAAUGGAGAGUUUAUACUGGGUGUUUUGGCAACUCCUGAUGCCAUUGUGUCUUGUCCAGUGCCUCAGCUGUCGAUACCCAUCAAUGGUAACUUUGAAUUUGUACGAGAAGCUGAAGAAGCUCUUCUUAUAGACUUCUCAGCAGAUUCUUGUGUUAGAAUAAGAAUCAAAGGAGAAAAAGCCCCAGAGUUGCUGUUAGAAUUUCAAGAUGAUAGUUGGACACACACCUUCUUUACCCAGUUGAAGAGUGCACAAGAACACGUUUUGUCUAAAGUUACAACACCAAAAGCGAUGGAGCCUGUUGCGGCCCCAAGACGUCCAGCCCCAGUUCCAUUCCAAAGAGGAAAAAAGCCGACUACUUCUACGGGCAUUGGAGACAAACCAACAAAUACACAAAAUUCCAACCUUGAUAGCAGCACUCCAGCUAAUCAAACUGGCACAGAUGGAGAAAAUCCAGCUCAAUUGCUUGCAUCAGACUUUGGCUUUGAGGAAACCUUCAACCCCUCUUUUAAAGUGGAGGAAAAGAAGAACCACCAGAACCGCAUUGUUGCCUCUCGAGAACCUCCUCCUGUGCCCCCCCUACCUCCACGCAGAGGCUCUUAUGUUCCCUCUGCUCCUCUGCCUCCAGUACCCCCAAUUCCCAAAGGCAGAGACUUGUCAUCACAGGCCAAAGACAACUUAAUGACUUCCAACAAACCAGAUAGUUUUAGGUUAGAGUUUGACCGUAUGGACAGGCCACCCUCUUGGUGUGAAAGUCCAACCACAAACACCAUGAGACAGGGCAUGUUCUCCACUCAGGCAGGACAGCGGGAAUACCUCAUUAAACACCGCCUGGCUAAGAAGGAGAGGGAGUACGUGGAUAUCAAGACCUUCAGGGUUUUCACAGGUACAUGGAAUGUGAAUGGCCAGUCUCCAGACUGCAGCCUUGAGCCGUGGCUUUGCUGUGAUGCAGAACCUCCUGAUAUUUAUGCACUGGGGUUUCAGGAGUUGGACCUGAGCACAGAGGCUUUCUUUUACAUGGACUCUUCUAAGGAGCAGCUGUGGGUGGAAGCUGUAGAGAAGAGUUUGCACCCAGAAGCCAAGUACAAGAAAGUCCAAACUAUACGACUGGUUGGUAUGAUGCUGGUAGUCUUUGUCAAAAAGACACUCAAGAAUCACAUAAAAGAAGUGGCUGCAGAGCAUGUGGGCACAGGAAUCAUGGGAAAAAUGGGAAAUAAAGGAGGUGUUGCAGUGAGGUUUCUUUUCCACAACACUACCAUCUGCAUAGUAAAUUCACAUCUAGCAGCGCACGUGGAGGACUUUGAGCGCCGCAACCAGGAUUACAAAGACAUAUGUGCCCGCAUGACCUUCCACUUACUGGAUCACCCACCUCUCAGUGUUGUCAAACACGAUGUCGUAAUCUGGCUGGGAGAUUUAAACUAUCGUUUGUUUUUGUAUGAUGCUACAGAGGUCAAACAGCUCAUACAGCAGAAUGAGCUCAAAAAGCUUCAGGAGGUUGAUCAGCUGAACAUUCAGAGGCAGACUAAGAGAGUGUUCACAGACUUUAUGGAGGGGGAAAUUAACUUCAUUCCCACAUACAAGUAUGAUCCCAAAACCGAUCGGUGGGACUCGAGCGGGAAGUGCCGUGUCCCAGCUUGGUGUGACAGAAUCCUGUGGAGGGGCAGUAAUAUCAAGCAGCUCAGAUAUUGCAGUCACAUGGAGCUGCAAACUAGUGAUCACAAGCCUGUCAGCUCCCUCUUCAGUAUCGGGGUUAAAGUCAUAAAUGAGCCGCGCCACAAAAAAGUGUUUGAGGAGAUUGUUCGUGCAAUGGACAGAAUGGAAAAUGAUUUCCUUCCUUCUGUAACUCUGAGUAGGAGAGAGUUUACAUUUGAGAAUGUGAAAUUCCGACAGCUUCAGAAGGAGCGCUUUUUAAUAAAAAAUGAUGGGCAGGUCCCCUGUCACUUUGUCUUCAUUCCCAAACUUAAUGACACACAGUAUUGCAAACCUUGGCUCCGUGCCGAGCCAAGUGAUGGAUUCCUAGAGCCUAAUGAGACCUUGGAAAUUUAUCUGGAGGUAUAUGUCAGUAAGGAUUCUGUCACACUGCUGAACUCUGGAGAAGAUGCCUUGGAGGACAUUUUGGUGCUCCAUCUAGACCGUGGAAAGGACUACUUCCUGACUAUCUCUGGUAACUACUUGCCCAGCUGCUUUGGCACAUCGCUGGAAACUUUGUGCCGCAUGAAGAAGCCUAUCAGAGAGAUCCCCAUCACUAAACUCAUUGACCUGGGAGAGGACAACUACAUGGACAAGGAGAAGUCCAAGAUGAGCUUCCUGAUGGUUGAUGGUGCAAGCACUGAGGACAGGCCUCUGAAAAUCCCCAAGGAGGUCUGGAUUCUGGUCAACCACCUCUUCACGAGGGCCUGUAAACAGGAGGAUCUGUUUCAGACACCGGGCCUACAAGAGGAGCUGCAAGGUAUCAUCGACUGUCUGGACACCAGCAUUCCAGACUCCAUCCCUGGUUGUAACCAUUCUGUAGCUGAAGCACUGCUGAUCUUCUUGGAGGCCUUGCCGGAGCCAGUGGUGUGUUAUGAACUCUAUCAGCGGUGUCUGGAUUGUUCUCAUGACAGCAGACUUUGCAAAAAGUUGGUGACCCAGUUACCCCGGGCUCACCGCAAUGUGUUCCGAUACUUAAUGGCUUUUCUGAAGGAGCUGCUCAAGCACUCGCAAGACAACAGCCUAACAGCCAACCUCAUAGCCACCCUCUUUGCCAGCCUCCUUAUCCGACCGCCUCCCAACUUGUUGGUCAGGCAGACAUCACAGGACCGACAGAGAGCCACUGACUUCAUUCUGGGAUUCCUCAUGGCAGGAGAUGAGGAGUAACUACAGUCACUACUCCCUUUCAUCACUGGAACAGUUUUGAGUUGAUUCUCAACUCAUCCUGCGAGUUAGGAGAGGAACUGGACCCGUGUGACUCCAUUCACUUAUCAUUUUGCCUACUUUUGGAGAGCAUUGUUUUUUUUACCCCACCCUCCGUACCUUUACAGACUUAUGUUAAAAGUGUCCAAGAACCAGUUUGUACUUUCUCCAAGUGUGAUUUUACCAACUGUUACACUUAAAGUUUUGUUCAGCCUGGCUGCUGGAAUUGGAACGGAUGCCUCUGCACAUCUCUGUGACGUAAGGACGAGUACCUCCAUACGAAAGAGCUUUCUUACUGCAGGUGUUCAAGCCAAAAAGAGUGGCGGAUUAAUGGCUUGUAUGAAUGUAAAAACACUAUGUAUAAAUGCUACACAAAUGAUGCAGUUACACUAAAGUUAAAGUAGUUCCCUUACGUUUUAAGAAUCAGUGAAAAGGAGCAGACUGUUUUCCGCAUGAAAAUGGAAUGAUUGUGGACGUCUUGUCUCUAAGAAUGGUUAACACAAAUCAUGACAAUCAUUCACUGUGGAGCAGCUGAGGGGCACUUUAAGAAAUCUACAAGAAAUAUUUGCUGUCAUAUCUGUUGUAUUUUAACUGUUAUUUAUAUGCCUUCCUUAAACAAUCUGGACACCAGGUAAUCCAUGAUUUAUUUUCAGCUCCAUGUUAGUUUUAAAAGUGUAGGAGCGUAUUACUUUUUUUUUUUUUUUUUUAAAGGAUGUAUUGUUUAGUGCAUUUGUUGUUAAUGUUUGUGUUGGCUUUGUGUAAAUUUAACGAGCCUUACAUUGUGACUUGCUUGUUUCUCCGUGCUGAGUUACUCAAGUGAACGCGCACACUACUAAGUUCCUGGUCAACUGCAGUGAAGAUGAGUUGCCUACUGUGGUUCUUAAUUCUCUUUAAAUGGUGUGGAUAUAGUGAUUGUUCCCCUGUUGACCUAUGUGGAUGUUUGAGUCUUAUGAUGGUGCAAGUCUGUGCUGUCUGCAGUAUGUUUGUCCUGAAGGUCCAUGUUCAUGUCUAUACUUUGUUUCUAAUCACUGUUCUUUUAAUGUAGUUGCUGUUCUGGAACAUGCUGUUAUGGUCAAUUAUGGGAUUUCUUCCCCAUAUACAAUGAAUGGUUUAAAAGUAUUCACUACAGUUACGAUACCAAGUUCAGCAUUUCCAAGUAAAAGCUGAAGUUUCCCUGUCAUGCUCUAGAAUGUGAUGUGAUGUGCUGUAGUCAUGUGUUGCAUUAUUUAUCCCAUUCAUUAACAUCUGCAGAUGCAUCAGACACAACUGCACUUUCCUUUUCUUUUAUUGAAGCAGAGCUAUGCCAAAAAUACAGAUGUAAGAAAUUGUUUGUGGCCGUGCUAGAUUUUUAAGUUGAAUCUGGCACAGCAAUCCAUCAUUGCAAUUUAUUUAUUUUACUUCAUCCUAAGAAAAACUGCCCUCAUCACACAAAAUCUGUUGGGAUAAACUGUCCUUUUAAGUCUCAUGCCUCUGUAUCGGUUUAUGUUGUUGUGUGGAAUUGCUUUUUCUGUCAGUUCAUACAGUAAAGGUACACAAGGUGGAACAUGCACUUGUUUAACUUUAAGGUACUUUUAACAGAAAUAAAACUGUAAUUCUGUUGUCUUGCAA